AUGGACGUUCAUGUCGCCAUCUCUCGAUGUGAAGACUACUCUGAAACGGUGGCUCGUAAAACGAAAAAAGUACUCCCUACAAUCGGACGUCUUCUUUUGGUCUCCACUUUUAUCGAAGACGCGAUUCGACUGAUGUUCAACACAAGAGAACACGCGGAUUGGUUCGCGAAUCUCUGGGGACUGAACAACCAUUUCGCCUACUUUCUCACUGUUGUCAUGGCUCUCAAUCUGAUUUGUGGAACGCUUUUUGUGAUGCUUCGAUACAAGGUCCCCGCUUCAUGUACCGUUCUCGCGGUGACCGUUUUCAGUCAAGUGGUUCUCUAUGAAUUAUACUCAACCUAUCAUAUCUUGACACGAAAUAUGUCGAUUCUCGCCGCCAUUCUACUUCUUGUCACAGAGAAUAUGCUUCGAAAACCGCAGAAAUAUAGUCAGUUGCCGAGGGAUGAGAACGAGUUUGAGGUGACUUCCGUGAUGCUCUGUGCUUGUCGUCUAUUCCUAAACCUAAUGUUAGUUUCGAUGGUUCACUUCGAUAUGAGCUACAAACGUCUCUUCCUCUGUUUAAUUUCCUACUCUAUGAUGUUUUUCGUUUGGACUGGAUACAAGACUCGAAUGAUGAGUUUCAUAUUAUCCGGAUGGCUUCUCGCUUAUAAUAUCAUGUUGAAUGACUUCUGGAAUCGGGAUUCUGUCUCUUCCCAAUGGGUUCGUUAUGACUUCUUCCAAGCACUUUCUGCAGUCGGUGGUCUUCUUCUCUUGAUUCAUACCGGACCUGGAGAGCUAUCAAUUGAUGAGAUGAAAAAGAAGUGGUGA